AUGACAGUAAAUAAUUUAGAAGUAAUUUGCAUCGAUAAGAUAUUGUUAAAUUCAAUAGCAGAUGACUUUGAUAGAUAUGAUAGUAUUAUGAAAGAUAGAAUAUUAAAACGAUUGUUGAAUCCAUGUCAACCAAAGUUCUCAUAUAAACACUCGACACCACCAGUUCCUUCACCUAAAUGGCUCUCAAAGUUGGUCGACCACAACACUACUGCGCUCGAUCUCAGUCUUGUUCCAGGUCUGGUCUGGCUAUCAUACACACAAAACUCUGAUAAAUUCCCAUUCCAAUUCCUCGAGAAUUGCACCUCGCUCACCAGUCUCACCAUCAAUUCACAAUCAAACUUUACAAUCGCACAGCUACUGCCAUUCCUGCGUGUAUAUUGCCGUUGCAUUUCAACCAACGACAUCCAACAGCUAUUUAGUGGACUGUCAAACAGUCUUGAGAGUUUAUCAAUCACUGGUUGUUCACAAAUCGAUAGAAAUUCAUUGAAAUCAUCAAGUAGCAGCAGCAACAGCAACAGUUACAAUCCCUAUCAGAAAACAACAACAACUACCGCCGCCGCCGCCUCAAAGAGAAUCAGUUGUAGUAUCACUUAUAAUGAUAGAAUUUUGAAUAAUAAUAUUGUUUCACCACAAUCAAUGUACAAUAAUAAUAAUAUAAUUUCAAAUAUUAAAAAUAGUAGUAAUAAUAAUAGUAAUAGUAAUAGUAAUAUUAGAAAUAUAAUAAAUAAAACAUGUUCAUACAAUAAUAAUAAUAAUAAUAAUAGUAAUAGUAGUAAUAAUAAUAGUGAUUUUAAAUUUAAAUAUAAAGAUAGUGAAAAUCACAGUUUUGAUUCAAAAGAAAAAAGAAUAUUUGAUAAAAAUCAGUUGAGAUCUGCUUUAUUGUUUGGGAGUUCAUUUGGUUUCUAUAAUGAAGAGAAAGAAUAUGGAUGGUUGAAAUCAUUGAUAUUACCAAAUCAUAUCUUGUGUGACGAUAAUAAUGGUGGUGGAAGACAACAGGUAACUACAGGUGUAGUUGUUACCAAUCCAACAGCAGGUCUCGAACCUCUAAAUAAUACACCGAUUGUAAUAUUGAAUCCAAUCGAUGCAAUGGCAACUCUCACCGAUGAACCAAUCUCUGUUGUCUCGACGGUGUUGCGGCUGUUCCAUCUCGGCGCAAUUAUGUUGCCGGCACUCGUUACCUCACCACUGGUGCUGGUGCCAUUUACAGAUUUCACCAUUAUCUAUACCGCACUCUGGUUGUUCAGCAAGAUGCCCGGAAUGAAAUGGUUGUCACUGCCAGAAUCCGUACUGGAAUUCGGUAAAUCCAUGAUGAAACAAGUCGAUCUCACAUUGGAAGCACAACAUCUUUCAACCUUUAUAAAUAACUUUAAAAACAACAAUGAAGUUGUAUCAAAGAGUGUACUGGUUGAAACAUUUGAACCUGGCGAACCAAUUAUGGAUUAUAUUAGUACGAAUAGUCCUUUCAAUCCAACGCUAGCUCGUAUUGGAUUGGAUGCAUAUCUACAGAUGAUGUUGGUCGACAAUUUCAUUCAUGCCGAUUUGCAUCCUGGCAAUGUAUUGGUUCGUGAUCCGACACUCCAUAGAAGAUCACAGUUUCAUCAUGAGCAGCAAUCGAAUCAAUUGCUGAUUACCAAACAACAUCACGCAAACCCACACAUGAUUGUAUUGAAAACACUCGAUCUACAGAGAAAAGCAACACCACUGCCAAAGUUGGUGUUGUUGGAUGUCGGAUUGGUCACCGAACUCGAUACGACCGACAAAUCACAUUUCAAAGAACUGUUUACCGAAGUUGUAAAAGGCAACGGUAAAGCUGGAGCAGAGUUAAUCAUUAAAUACGCAAAAGAAGCACAAUGUUCAGAACAAGAAAUAUUUGAAUUCAAAGAAAAGAUGGGAGAAAUAUUUAAUAAAGUACAGAAUAGUAAGUUAAGUGAAAUUCAUGUUGGACACCUGAUGAGUCAGAUACUUAGUUUGGUGAGAGAAUAUCAUGUAAAAUUGGAAAGCAACUUUGCAACGUUGGUAAUGGGAACUAUAGUUUUGGAGGGACUUGGCAAACAACUGGAUCCAAACAUAAGUCUUUUGAAAGCUGCGAUUCCAUUCCUAUUCCACCGUCAAACCUCUUAUAUACUACCUGAAUUCUAUCGUUAUCUAAUUAGACCAAAGAAACCAUAUGAAACAAAUUCUCAACAGGAACAAGAAUAA